AUGGUCAAAAAUAAGAUUCCAUGCAAGGUUGAAAUCUAUCGCAUAUCAAAAUCCAUCCAUUCGGCUCUUGCUAAGGAAAGUAUUUUUGGAUCUCUGGAGUUUUUGUGUCAUGGGGAUACUGUGAAGUUGAGACACACCACCUCUCGGAAGAAGGUGACAACAAGGGCACUUGAUUUGUUUGAUUAUUCAGGGAAGGGUAAAGAUGCUAAUAAAGCAGCUUUGGUCAACUUAAUGAUGUGGGGUAUUAAACACCCCCCACCAUCAACUGUUUUAAUAAUUUCACAAGACCGACACAUGGCUUAUGUUAUGGAUAGAUUGAGUACAACAAUGAAAUUCAAUGUAGUAUUUGCUUGUGAAGACCCUCUCGAUGCUUCCACUGAAGAUUUAGCCCAUGCACCUUCCAAUACUAAACUCAAAACCGGUUUGCCGCCGGCGCCACCAUGA